GGCACCCAGCCCUUGGUUAUUUCCUGUGAUGGCUUGUGUCAUUGCGUUUCUGGUUUUCUCCUCUGUUUUCCAUCCUUUCGUGUGUUUGGUUCUGUCAAUCAGUGCCUCAGACCUGAACACAGGAGAAAGGACUACACACUAAAGACACAUGAACCUUCAGACGGCCUAUCAGAGGCUCCUCCUCUCUGUGCCCUGUCCUGUGUGGUGGCACUAUCUCAGCCCUUUCCCACUCUACUGUCGCCGGCUUCAGCCCUCACCACCGCUGCUCUGUUUAGCAUUGGAUCUACACCAUUCACCUGCUCGGAGGACAGCAGAAGACUUGUUUAUCUCACUUCCUGCACCACGUGGCCCGUAGAUUGAAGCACCACUGAUUUUGGCCUGUACCGUGAGGAUCCAUCCGUCCAUCUGUUUGUCUUUCCAGCGUUUCCUUCCAUUCCUGUCCUCCCCGCUCCUCCGGCGCAGCCCAUGACAUCAGAGCAGCCAAAAUGGCAUUCUCAACACGCUUUUCCUUCUGGGAGCAAAAGGUCAAAGAAGAGGUCAAACCAGCAGGCUCCAAGACCUCAAACCAGGGUUCAGACAGUGACAGUGGCAGUAUGAGCAGCCGCUCCCAGUCUGUUCCCAGUCUGGAGCCUGGCAGGGGCCUUCUCCACAGCAAAAGCCCUGAAUCAACCUGCCAACACCCUGGGUUCAGGGUCAGGAGCCCUUCGCCACCCAGGGUACGGGGGACCGUAAUGGUCCCUGAGCGCUUCAGGAGUCCAGAGCCUCCAACCCAGACGACUGCACAGCGCUUCAGGAGCGCAGACCCACGGCGAGCAUCCAUGAUUAGCCCAGAGCCUGUGCAGAACGGAGGCAGCAAGCCCAACAUAGCCGUUAGCAGUAGCGCCAUCAAUGGGAGCUCUGCUAACGGCAUAGCUAAGCCUGUGGGUGACGGCAGCCAGCCAGACCAGGACAACGAUGAUGAUCAAAGCGUUAUCCGCAAGAAGGUAGUGAAGGUGGUGCGUCGAGUGGGGAGGAAGGUGCUCCCUGCAGAAGAGGAGCACUUCCUGUCUCCUGAACCUCAAUCUGCCCCAGAACCAACAUCUGUCCCUAAGGUCCCAAAGGUGCCAAUGUUCUCUUUUAAACACGACACCAUCAAGACAGAAGAGAAGGACGAUAUAUCAGCAGGACUGGCCAACCUCAUGGUCCGCGGGAGGACUAGAGACCGCCCUCGGGUACGCAAGGAUCAGCUGCCUGAAAAAACGCAAGAGGAAGACAUGGGAAAAGAAGGGAGAAAGGAGGAAACGUUGGUUGAGGUGCAAUCUAGCCAUGAAGCCAGGCCAGUUUCCAAAGAGAUGACUCCAGUGUCGGCUGCACCUGACAAAGUUUCUCUGACUUCUUCUAAUCUGACCUCGGUUGCCUCUAAGUCUGCACCUGCCGGCCUUAUCCCACCACCAAAAUCCGUCCCCAUUUCUCCACCUGCUGGGUUUGUGCCAGCCCCCAAAUCCACUGCUGUUACUCCUGGUGUUUCCACUGUAGCCCCCAAAUCUUCUCCAGCAAUUCCCCCAGCGUGUUUCGUCCCACCACCAAAAUCGACCCCACUUUGCCCACCCCCUGGCUUCAUACCAGCCCGAAAAUCUGCCCCCAUUUCAAAAUCUGCAGGUUUUGUCCCCUCUGCUAAAGCGUCCACUGUUACUCCUCCUUCAGCAUUUCCCCCCACCCAGGCCUCCCCCAUUACUCCCCCAGCAGGGUUUGUCCCAGCCCCCAAAGCCUCACCCUUUACUCCCCCAGCAGGGUUUGUCCCAGCCCCCAAAGCCUCACCCUGUACUCCCCCAGUAGGGUUUGUCCCAGCCCCCAAAGCCUCACCCUUUACCCCCCCACCAGGGUUUGUCCCAGCCCCCAAGGCCUUGCCCUUUACCACUCCUCCAGCUUUCAUCAGUCCCAAGGAGAGUACCCUCUCGCAGCCCAAACAGCCAGCCGUGAAGAAGCCUGAGGUGAAGGCUGUGACAGCCUCUCCUCUGCCCUCUGCUCCCAUUCAAAAGUCUUCACCACCGAACUACCCAUCAGCUGUAUCAUUGAAGACUGCCCCGGCCAUAACCCAGAAGGAGGUGCCGCUCAGUCCCACCGAAGAAGCUCAGAGACGCCUGGAAAGGAUCUUCACUGCGCCUCUGGAUCCAGUAGUUCCAGCCCUGACUCCCUCACCGGCUCCUAGCCCAGCUUCCACCACAGUCCUGACCUCCCCUCAGGGGCAGGUGGACGAGGACCCCGUGGCCAUCCUUCAGGCGUGUCACGCCGCCGCCCAACAACACAAGGUGAAGACAGAGGAGCAGAUAGCGGCUGAGCAGGCCUGGUACGGCUCAGAGAAGGUAUGGCUGGUCCACAAGGACGGCUUCUCCCUGGCUACCCUCGUGAAGACGGAGGAGGGCUCUGUGCCGGAGGGGAAGGUGAAGAUCAAACUGGAACAUGACGGGACAAUACUGGACGUGGACGAGGAUGACGUGGAGAAGGCCAACCCCCCGUCGUCUGACCGCUCCGAGGACCUGGCCUCGCUGCAGUACCUCAAUGAGUCCAGCGUGAUGCACUCGCUACGCCAACGCUACGGAGGCAACCUGAUCCACACCCACGCCGGGCCCAACAUGGUCAUCAUCAAUCCCCUCAGCACACCCUCCAUGUACUCCGAGAAGGUGAUGCACAUGUUUAAGGGGUGCCGGAGGGAGGACACAGCCCCUCACAUCUACGGCGUGGCUCAGUCGGCUUAUCGGAACCUGCUGACCACCCGCCAGGACCAGUCCAUCGUUCUCCUGGGGAAGAGCGGCAGUGGCAAGACCACCAACUGUCAGCACCUGGUCCAGUAUCUGGUCUCCAUCGCUGGCAGCACCGGGAAGAUCUUCUCUGCGGAGAAGUGGCAGGCAGUCUACACCAUCCUGGAGGCUUUUGGAAACAGCUCCACCUCAAUGAACUCCAACGCCAGUCGCUUCUCCCAGAUCGUCUCUCUGGACUUUGACCAGGCUGGCCAGGUGGCCUCCGCAUCCAUACAGACCAUGCUCCUGGAGAAGCUGAGAGUGACCAAGCGUCCAGAGGCUGAGUCCAGUUUCAACGUGUUCUACUACAUGAUGGCCGGAGCCGACAGCACCCUGAGGACGGAGCUGCACUUCAACCACUUUGCGGAGAACAGUGCCUUUGGAAUAGUGCCUCAGACCAAGCCAGAGGACAAGCAGAAGUUGUCUCAGCAGUUCAUCAAGCUGCAGGCAGCCAUGAAGGUGUUGGGCGUGGCAGCGGAGGAGCAGAAGGCUCUGUGGUUCAUCCUGGGGUCCAUCUACCACCUGGGGGCUGCAGGGGCCACUAAAGAGGCUGAUGAAGCCGGCCGUAAGCAGUUUGCUCGUCAUGAGUGGGCCCAAAAGGCAGCCUACCUGCUUGGAUGCACCCUGGAGGAGCUGUCCUCCUCCAUCUUCAAACAUCCGGCCAAGGGGCCCCUGCAGCGGUCCACCUCAUUCCGUGGGGGCCCAGAUGAGGCCGGGACAGGAGACAGCUCCAGCUCUAAGAUCACAGCUCUGGAGUGUCUCGAGGCCAUGGCAUCAAGCCUGUACUCAGAGCUCUUCACCCUGGUUAUCUCCCUGGUCAACAGAGCUCUGAAGUCCAGUCAGCACUCCCUGUGUUCCCUGCUUAUUGUGGACACCCCUGGCUUCCAGAACCCUGGCGUGGCCAAGCGCCAGCGGGGCGCCACCUUCGAGGAGCUAUGUCACAACUACGCCCAGGAGCGCCUGCAGACGCUCUUUCAUGAACGCACCUUCGUUCAGGAGCUGGAGAGAUACAAAGAGGAAAAUAUAGAGCUGGCAUUAGAUGACAUAGAGUCCAGUACCUCAAUGUCUGUAGCGGCUAUAGAUCAAGCAUCAACCCAAGCGCUGGUCCGUUCGCUGGCAAGGACGGAUGAGUCCCGGGGUCUGUUGUGGCUGAUGGAGGAGGAGGCAGUGCAUCCUGGGGGCUCGGAAGAGACCCUCCUGGAGAGACUGUUCAGCUACUACGGCCCCGACCAAGGAGACAACAAGGCCCAGACCCUGCUCCUGAGGAGUGACAAGCCGCAUCACUUCCUGCUGGGCCACAGCCACGGGACGGACUGGGUGGAGUACGAUGUUCGGGGUUGGCUGAGCCACGCCAAACAGAACCCGGCCUCCCAGAACGCUGCCACUCUGCUGCAGGACUCACAGAAGAAGAACAUCAGCAGUCUGUUCUCCAGUCGUAGUGGAGGCCCCACAGUGCUGUCUGGCUCCAUCGCGGGGCUGGAGGGGGGCUCUCAGCUGGCCCUCCGUAGAGCCACCAGCAUGAGGAAGACCUUCACGACCGGCAUGGCCGCCGUCAAGAAAAAGAGCCUCUGCAUCCAGAUCAAGCUGCAAGUGGAUGCCCUGCUGGACACAGUGCGCAGGUCCAGGGUUCACUUUGUCCACUGCCUGCUGCCCAAGGCUGACGUGGUGGGGUUGGGUGGGGAGCCCCGCGUAGCCCACGGAGAGAGCUGUGACUCAGGCCUCAUGCAGUUGGAUGUGUGCCUUCUGAGGGCUCAGCUACGCGGAUCGAAGCUCCUCGACGCCUUGCGCAUCUACAGGCAAGGGUACCCUGAUCACAUGGUAUUCUCUGAGUUCCGCCGGCGCUUUGACGUGCUGGCGCCCCACCUGACCAAGAAGCACGGGCACCCCUACCUGGUCACGGAUGAGAAGAGGGCUGUGGAGGAGCUCUUGGAGUCUCUGGACUUGGAGAAGAGCAGUUACCACAUGGGCCUGAGCAGAGUGUUCUUCAGAGCAGGGACCCUGGCCAAACUGGAGGAGCAGAGAGACGUCCAGACCAGACGCAACAUCACCCUGUUCCAGGCGGCCUGCAGAGGAUACCUGGCCAGACAGGCCUUCAAGAAGAGGAAGAUCCAGGACCUGGCCAUCCGCUGCAUACAGAAGAACAUCCAGAAGAACAAGGGAGUGAAGGGCUGGCCCUGGUGGAAGCUGUUCACCACCGUACGGCCCCUCAUAGAGGUGCAGCUCACAGAGGAGCAGAUCAGAGGGAAAGACGAGGAGAUACAGCAGCUAAAAGGGAGGCUGGAGAAGGUGGAGAAGGAGAGAAAUGAGCUGAGACUCAACAGCGACCGUCUGGAGAGCCGGAUCACAGAGCUGUCGUCGGAGCUGGCAGACGAGAGGAACACGGGCGAGUCAGCCUCUCAGCUGCUGGAGUCAGAGACCUCAGAGAGACUCAGACUGGAGAAGGACAUGAAGGAACUGCAGACCAAGUUUGACUCAAUGAAGAAGUCCAUGGACUCGAUGGAGAUGGAGGUGAUGGAGGCUCGGCUCAUCAGAGCCUCAGAGCUCAACGGAGAGACGGAUGACAAUGACUCAGGGGGAGAAUGGAGGCUGAAGUAUGAGAGGGCCAUCAGAGAGAUUGAGUUCACCAAGAAGAGGCUACAGCAGGAGUUUGAGGACAAGCUGGAGAUGGAGCAGCAGAACAAACGGCAGCUCGAGAGGAGGCUAAGUGACCUCCAGGCAGACAAUGAGGAGGUGCAGCGUAUGGCCCAGCAGCUGAAGAAGAAGUGUCAGAGACUGACCUCGGAGCUGCAGGACACCAAGCUACACCUGGAGGGGCAGCAGAGCCGCAACCACGACCUGGAGAAGAAACAGAGGAAGUUUGACUCAGAGCAGAGUCUGGCACAGGAGGAGGUUCAGAGGGAGAGGAACCUGAGAGAGAAGCUGAGCAGAGAGAAAGACAUGCUAACUGGAGAGGUGUUCAGCCUGAGACAGCAGCUGGAGGACAAGGAUGUGGAGAUGUGUGCGCAAAACGUGAAGUUAGAACAGCUGGAGGCGGAGCUGUUGGACCUUUCGUCCCAGGAGACUAAGGACGAGGCAUCGCUGUCCAAGGUGAAGAAGACGCUGCGCGACCUGGAGGCCAAGGUCAAAGACCAGGAGGAGGAGCUUGACGAACAGGCCGGAACCAUCCAGAUGUUGGAGCAGGCCAAGUUGCGUCUGGAGAUGGAGACGGAGAGGCUGCGUCAGACUCACUCCAAAGAGAUUGAGAGCAAAGACGAGGAGGUGGAGGAGAUCAGGCAGUCAUGUAGUAAGAAGCUGAAGCAGAUGGAGGUCCAGCUAGAGGAGGAGUAUGAAGACAAGCAGAAGGUAUUGCGUGACAGGAGAGAGCUGGAGACCAAGCUACUCUCUGCUCAGGACCAGGUGAGUCACAGAGAUGUGGAGGCAGAGAAGAGGCUGAGGAAGGACCUGAAGCGCACCAAGGCCUUGCUGGCGGACGCCCAGAUCAUGCUGGACCACAUGAAGAACAACGCCCCCAGCAAGAGAGAGAUCGCUCAACUCAAAAACCAGCUGGAGGAGUCAGAGUUCACCUGUGCUGCCGCCGUCAAGGCUCGGAAGUCUAUGGAGGUGGAGAUUGAGGACCUGCAUGUGCAGAUGGAUGACAUUUCCAAAGCCAAACAGGCUCUGGAGGAGCAGUUGAGCAGGCUUCAGAGGGAGAAGAAUGACCUGCAGUCUCGUAUGGAGGAGGAUCAGGAGGAUAUGAACGAGCUCAUGAAGAAGCACAAGUCAGCUGUGGCCCAGUCCACUCAGAACCUGGCCCAGAUCUCUGACCUGCAGGCCCAGUUGGAGGAGGCCCUGAAGGAGAAGCAGGAUAUCCAGGAGAAGCUCUCUGCACUGCAAAGCCAACUGGAGUUCCAGGAGACGUCCAUGGUGGAGAAAUCUCUGGUCAGCAGGCAAGAGGCCAAGAUCCGAGAGAUGGAGACCAAGAUGGAGUUUGAGAAGACACAGGUCAAACGCCUAGAGAGCCUGGUGGCCCGUCUAAAGGAGAACCUUGAGAAGCUAACAGAGGAGCGGGAUCACUGCAGCUCCAGUGAGACCCGGGAGAAGGAGCAGAACAAGCGUCUCCAGAGACAGAUCAGAGAUAUGAAGGAGGAGAUGGGAGAGUUGGCCAAGAAGGAGGCUGAGGCCAGCCGCAAGAAACAUGAGCUGGAAAUGGAUAUUGAAAGCUUGGAGGCUGCAAAUCAGAGCCUGCAAGCUGACCUUAAACUAGCCUUCAAAAGGAUUGGAGACCUUCAGGCCGCCAUCGAGGACGAGAUGGAGAGUGAUGACAACGAAGACCUCAUCAACAGUUUACAAGACAUGGUGACAAAGUAUCAGAAACGAAGGAACAAAACUGAGGGAGACUCCUCUGACUCAGAAGUGGAGGACCGUGUGGACGGGGUCAAGUCCUGGCUGUCUAAAAACAAGGGCUCAGCCAAGAACCUCUCAGAUGAUGGCAGCCUCAAGAGCUCCAGAUUUGCCACAAACAUAGAUGCAAAGGAAGGGAAAGAGUUUAACAAAGAGGGCAAAGAGAAAGAGGUAGAUCAGAGCAGGCCAGUGUCUGUGAUGAGUUCCCUGAGCUACAGGAAGCGCUCCAACAUCAAAGACUCCAUCGGCGGUAAAGGGGAUGACAGCUCCCUGUUCAGUUCCCUGAAGAAGGACCAGGACGCCCAGGAGUCUGUCUCCUCCUUCCGUAAGGCCAAGCCCAAAAGCUCCUCACCCCAGGACGACUCCCACUCGGUCAGUUCCGGCUGGAGGAAGUCCCAGGAUCGUGAUGACGAUGACCGUGGCUCGGUCAUCUCCCAGGCCUACACUGAAGCCACCAGCAGGGCUAGGAAAGGCAUGGACAGCCGCUGGGGAGACUUCGACAAGGAGUCCAUCGUGUCCUCCAUGCCCCCGGGCAGGCUGUCUGUCGCCACCACGCGUCGCGGCCUGAGCCCGGACGAUGACGCCAGGUCCACCCUGAGCCUAGGUCUGUCCAGCCCCCUGAGCCGGCAGCGCAGCACCUCAGCCCACCGGCUGGACCAGUCAUACGGAAAGGCCGCCCGCAGUCCGUCAGUGAGCCGCGCCGACUCCCGCCUGUCUGACUUCCGCAGCUGCCGCCUCAGCGAGUUCGACGACUUGGACGACGGGCGCAGCCUGGCCUUCACCGAGCCGUCCUCGGCCUACAGCCCCCACUCCUACACAGGACGCAGCGCAUCCAUGCCCCCGCCACGCGACCGCUCCUCCUGCGGAGACUACGACCGGCUCGCUGACACCUCGGACGUCAAGCCGGCCACCGUCAGCCACCGCAACUACCUUGACCCCGACCUGGAGAAGGCUAUCAACGAGGUGCUCAGCUUCAAGCCCAUCACGUUCAAACGCUCCAGUCUGGAGGACUCCGAGGCCGAGGCGGGGAAAAGGGAGGCGGACGCAGAGGGCAGUCGGAGUGUGCUUAGCAUCCGUGGGAGAGGCGACAGGGAGGCGGACGGCAGGCGGAGCAGCAGCAGUCUGAGGCGCUCGGCGUCGGCCGUGGACUGCAGGAGGUCCUCUAGCCGCAGUCAGAGCCGGGGCAGUAAGAAGAGUAAAGGCAAGAAGAAGAGGAGGAGCCACAGUUCGGAGUCGGACAGCUCCGGCGAUCGCCGCGGCAGGAAGGGGAGCUCCAAGAAGAAGGGCAAGAAGUCCAAGAAGAAGUCCAAGAAGGAGUCUUCCUCUUCAUCCUCGGAGUCAGAGUCAGACUCGGUGUCCGACUCCAGCUCGGGGGCGUCCACCAUCUCUUAUAAAAGCACGGGGAGUGUGAAGAGAGCGCCAGGCCGCCCGGCCUCCAGCCCAGAGGGGGAAGGGGAGGCCGGGACACCUGAGGAGGGCCAGCCCCCGCCUAACAAGAAGGAGGAGAAGAAGAGGAAGAAGAAGGUGGACAACGUGAUGAUGAAGUAUCUGUACAGAGCGGACAGUGACUGAGGCUGGCACCCUCCUAGCCGAAGACGUUUCUGCCUGGACAGAUCCGACGAUGAAGAAGAGGAAGAGGAAGAAAAAGAAGAAGGGGGUGCCUCUCGGG